AGCCAGCUAGCCAGAGGACGUCGGGAGCGGCGAACGUAUGUAUGACGUAACGUUGGUAGCACUGCGUAAUCGCUUGUGUGUAUCUUAGCCCCGUCGUCUGCAUUAAAGGGGCAAGUGACAGCUCUGGGAGCUAUAUCGUUGACACUCGUGGGUGCGUAAAACAACGGCGUCGGCCUCGGGGAAGGAGAGAGGAGUCGCGUCGGAUGAGAAGAGUUGCGAGUACAGUAAAAGACAUAAGGAUUAUUCAUCGUUCGAAGGGGGAGGGCAACGUUGGUUGAGAGAAAAAGGGUGCAAUUGAGAAAAGGAAGGGACCAAACGAGAGAGAGAGAGAGAGAGAGAGAGAGAGAGAGAGAGAGGGAGGGAGGGGAGGGAGGAAAAAGGAAAUAACGCCGAUAGAGUGUAGAAUCGUUCGUAGUGUUACGCUCGUAAAAAGAAGAACGUGUUGUUAAUGCGGAGAAAAGGACGCGGACGAAAAGGAAGGAGGAGAGAUACGGAACGAUGAUCGGUGGCGAUUCGUAAACGAUAUCUCGAUACGCGUUGGACGAAUUUAAAAACAAAAAAAUAAAUAAAAAAAAAAAAAAAUAAAAAUAUAUAUAUAUAUAUACGUGCGUAUAUAGAAAAAGAAAAUUAAAAAAAAGGAAGAACAGAAAGAAGUAAGAAACAAUCUAAAGUGUUAAGGAGAAAGUGGAACGGGACGACAAAAGUGGGGAGACAAAAGAGGAUUCGGCAUGUUCUUUGCCGGUGUUAAAAGUUGGCUCGAAACAUUGGGCGGGGUGGCGGAGGAGGAGAAGGAGGAAGAGGAAAAAAAGGAAAAGGAGGAUAGAGCGCAGGAAGAGGUGAAUGUGAAGGUGGUUAAAAAGGUGGUGCUAGUGUUGACCGAGGAGCUGGAGGUGGUGUUGAAGGAGAAGAAGGAGAAGGAGGUGGAAGAAGAAGAAGAGGAGGAGGAGGAGAAGGAGGAGGAGGAGGAGGAGGAGGAGGAGGUAUGGAAGCUGAAACCGGUCGAGCGUCGUCUCAUCACCAGGGGCUGCAGCUCACCCUGCCAUCCCCGGGAAUCUCCGGAUUGGACGUCGUGAGAGCUCUGCACCAGACGGUUAUAUCACUACGAUCCGCGUUGGAUUCAUCGCGCGAAGAACUUCGUCGAUUGAAGGAAAGCGUCGGUGAAUUUUCCGAGGAAAAAUACGUCGAGGUGGUUGAAAGAUUGGCCCUGGAGAACCACGUCCUAAGGCGUAGGAUUCUUAGUCGAAGUACAGACUUUUCCAACGAUGCUGCUACGAGUCCGCAACCACCGCCGCCGCCAUCGUCGCAGCCGCAGCAGUCUCGUUUCGUUCCACUUCAAGUAGAAGGAGACCCUACCGAGCCAUCAUCAUCAUCAGCGGACACGGCUAGCGCCACGAUGGACGCGUCAGGGAAUAAAGUUGUCGUCGAGGAGACGGCAGAGACGAUCAGAACGAGUGGGAGCCGACGAAGUACCGGUGGUUCGAGUCCGGAAACUGAAGCUCGUGGUACGUCGGUGAUACGCCGUGUUCGAGGUGAAUUUCCGCCUUUUUCUGCGGCAACAACAGUUCAACAAGAAGAAAACCAACAAGACCAACAACAACAGCAGCAGCAGCAGCAGCAGCAUUCCUCGAGAGAUGGUGCACGGUCUAGAUGUAUUCUGGGUCAGGAAGAGUCCGUUAGCAGUGCUAUAGUAUCAGUGCUGUCUAAAGAAAGUAAAGAGGACAUUCGCGAGGACAUCCAGGAUGAUGUCCAGGACGAUAACGAGGGUUCAGUCGUUGUAGAUCGUCUUGACAUACCAGAGAAAGAUAGUGAAGAUUUGAGUCUUAGGUCUGUUUCCGACGGUGAUAAUUCUGUAUUCAGUGACAAUCCUGAACCUCAGUCGCCGCCUCAGCAAAGACUUAUGCAACAGCAAGUUCAACAACAGCAACAUCAACAACAACAACAACAGCACCAGCAUAGGCAACAGAGUCAGUCGGGUGAACAAGGGAAAUUAAACGAUCAAUCUGAAAAUGAUUCGGAGGAGCUCGAUGACAUAGAGCUGAUAUUCACGACCGAUGAUACCUGUAGGGAUCUAGGUCUUCAAGAGGAUCUCGUUUCCAUUACGGAAACCGAUGCUUGGCAACAAGCAAGUCCCGCUGGGCAACCGGUCCUCCUAAAAUAUACCAAAUCCGCUGAGGGAGAAUCUCUUGUUUGCAACGGCGAUAAGACCAGUUCCGUUGAAGAAGCAGUCUCAUCUCAAAGCUCCAGUAUCGAUCGCGAAGAGAGCGUCGAUCGAUUCGACGAGAGCUCCAGUACUAGGCUAAACAAGAUGUGGUCUCAAUGUUCUGUCCUCGUCGAAACUGACAUCAGCAAGUGUGGUGUACUAGAGGAACCUGAACAUUCCGCUAGGCAUGCAACUAGGAGGAACACUUUGGCUGCACCUCCGACGGCUUACAGGCCAAUAAUACAUCGAGAAGCUUUGGCUGGUAACCGAAGAAAAAGUUCAGCACCUCUUCGUCCUGUAAUGGAUCGGAGUAGUGGUGCCAAACGUGAGUCAGGAGCACAAACCGACAUUUCGGCCCUCCCGGCACAAUGGCGUUCGGAAAGCUAUCUCGCACAUAAAGUGGCUCACACGUUUACAACGCUUCCAAGUAAAUUCGCUUUACCGGCUGGUGUACCCGGAAGGCUCAGGUUGUCUGACAAGACACGCGAGGCAAGACGAGUGUUACUCUCGGACAUCAGUUUCACCAGCAUGGUUCCAGAAUUGUCAAGAAGCGCUGAUCAUCUCUGUCACGAUCCGCAUGCACAGACUUGCUUGGGAUCUCGUGGUUGUGGACAUCGCACACCGGAAGUAAAUCGUCGCGAAUCCUUAGGAUCACCAGCAGGCUAUUGGCCUCGUUGUAAUCCAGGAACGGCUUUACCAAGUCCUUGCGAUUGUCGUUUGUCGGCUGAUCUUUAUUCCUCGAGAUAUCGAGGUUCCUUGAGCUCGAUACCAUCGCCAGGAUUAGAAGUCGUGACUGGUCCACCAAGGAGACACUCUUGGAGAGCAACGGCAGCUUCUUUCGACACAUGGAGAGUUCCUGCUGCCACUUCUACACCUAGACCGACCUGGUCCUCCAUGCCAUCUUCUCCCACUCAUGUUCACCCACCUGCAACGUCCUCGAGAUCCUCGAAGAAUGUACGAAAGAGAACACGCUCGAAAGUCACUUUUCAAGAGUGUCCAAUGACGCGUGGAAGUUUACCUAACUUGCGCUCAGACAUAGUAGGUGCGGGUGACAAUAGCGGAGAUUCAACGGAAUCGCUGAUAGACGAGGCGGAGGAUUAUUUGCGUCGCAGUAUCGAUUCGAUGCUGACUAUUUCGAGUACCAGUGCUAGUACGGAUUAUUGGAGCAGACAAACGGCAGCCAGACGAAGGAGAACUCGAAGGCACUCCGAACCUGAUCUUGCACGCGAGUGGAUUCCCCCUCAGGAUGCGAGACCGUAUCUGCCAAAGAUACCAAGAGAUCUGAAGUUAGAUCAUCUUGUCAAAGUAAUCUCACCGGAAGGAAGAGUCCUUCAAGGUCGUGUACGAUACGUUGGUCCUAUUCCUGGUCGAGAAGAUUCUCACGUGGGUGUUGAAUUACCGAACGUUAAUGGUUCCUCCGAUGGUACUUUUCAUGGUAGAAGAUUUUUCGAUUGCGAACCUGACCGUGCGAUCUUCGUGCCGUUCAAAAAGGUGGUCUUGGCUUGGUGCACUGCCUGACCCGAUGUACCCACUUCCAAAGUAACACCGCGAAUUUUGCUCUCACAAUAUACAAUGUAAAUGUGGAUACGGCGGUAUGUAUGUACAGCACACAUAAGUUUCGCUAUGACUUUUAUAGAAUGUUGCUGUGGUAUCGUCUCUAUUCAUUUCUUCCAACGAUUUUCGUAAGUAAAAAUAUAUAUAAUUUUUUUUUCUUUUUUCAAAAAAGAAAUAAAAUCAAAGAACGUUUAGUGGACAAAAAAAAAAAUCGUUGAUCGGUAUCAUUUAACGUUCGUUCGAAAAUUUAUC